AUGUUCUCGGCUUAGAACAAACUAACAUUUGCUUAUAAUAGAAACACAUUGCAAGUAUAGACGGAAUUUAAAAUGAAAAAUAUCUCAGAGAAUAUAUUAGAAAUUCAAAUAGAAUUGUCGAAUCCUCAGAAUUAUAAAAUAUAUCCAAACAAUUUUUACAUCUAAAAAUAAGAAACUAAAGUCGUAGAGAUAAUAUAAAUAAAUUAUGUUCCUAUGAGGUUAGAUGAAAGAGCAAAAAUAAUGUACAGAACCAUAAUGGAGAACUCUACGACUUCUAGAAAAAACACAUAGACAAUUUAUCAUUUUUACAAAUACUUUUUUUUUGAGUUAUCUUGUCAUAAAUAGUCCUCCUUCGUUGAUGAUAACAGCAGAAUGACAUAGGUGAGAUAGCAAGAUCACAGACAACAUUAGGUUGGAGUGGAAGUGAAAGACUCAUUAAAUUACUGGUAAUUGGUAACUCUAACAGUGUCCAUUAUUGUAAUAAUAAUAGCAGUGUGUAAUUGGCUUUAUAUUAAAAUUAUAAAGAAUGAUUAAUGA